ACUAUGGCUGAUUCCUUCGGCGCAUCUUGAUCGUCAAUCGUCAUUCUCUUCCCCGACCGCAACUUUGCAAUGAACUCCUCCGUCAAAUUGGUUCAAUCUAUGGGGGUUUUCUGGUAAAGCUCUUGUCCGGUAUGCACCUCUAAGGAGGUUUAGCUUUUGUCCCGUCAGUCAGAUUGCUCGAGUCCACUGCCACUAGGCGGCUCGCAAUGUCCGUGGGCACUCCCCCUUUGGUUAAUUUGGCACAUUCCGAUCCAAGCUCAGCGCCGCAAGACUUCUCUACCGGCUCAGAACAACAAGCGACUCCGCAGAAUGCCGGUCAACUUCCAGUGAAGGUCAAAAGGCGAAGGCACCUACCUACCUCAGAUGACCCAUCUAAGAAUCAAGUUUUCUAUUUUGUCGAUUCAAACUCUUCUUCCCGAGAAAAGCGAGCACAUGUUAUGCGCCAUCAUGUUCAGGAGAAACGAAAACAACUUAAACACUCGCAUCCUCGGAGCGACUCUGAUAAGAGAGUUCAUCGCCCUCUUCGCUAUCUCUCUUGGCAGCAGAAAAAGUUAUUACUGAGUGGCGAUGACAAUGAAGUCGUUGAAUACAAGCGAUCUGAGGAUGGAAUUGUCCCUAAAGAGGUCUCAAUACCAGUCGGGCCCCAAAGCUCUGCACCUGCCUUCUAUUCUGUUUCGCCAGUCACCCUACUUGACGCCUCCAGAAAAGAUCCUUUUGAUAGCUUGCCCGUAGCCUGCACAAGAGAGGAUUUCAUAUUAAUGGACUGUUGGACAAACAGGUUGACAUACUGGUCAGGUGAGCCUAGACUAAUCAAAGACCAAGUCUUCCGGGCGGUCCUCAACCAUCCCCUGCCUUUUCAGUCUGUUGUCCUUGCGUACUGCGCUCGUUGGAGGGCACACGCAUAUGGAUUAAAGUGGAGCCCUGAGGUGGAACAGCACUUAGGGAGAGCCACAAAGGGCAUUGAACAGGUGAUGAAGGGCGGCAUGGAGAUCGACACUGAUAGUCUAGCAAUGGCUUUGACGGGGAUGGCAAUACAGGAAGAAAGAUUUGGCAGCAGGCAGCUCGCCAGAGGAUACGUAGACCAGGCUGUCCAGAUCCUCCGUUCCAGAUCGGGAUCUCAUUGUGUUGCUGAAGCAUUCUUGCAUUAUGUGCAAUUUAUGUUGAUGCCGCUUCAUCCAGCAGUUUCCGAAGAUGGCCAGCAAUGGUUGGUCACGUUCCUUCGAGGAGCAGAAGACUUAAUGCUAGAACAUAGUUCCGAUGCGUAUUUGUCAUCAGUUCCCCAGCGUCGCUCUGCAUUUCAAAUGGAUAGCCCUUUGUUUCCGUUGCUGUCCAGCGGACCUCGUCCUUCUCAUGUUCCACAUCAGUCACGCAUAUACAUUAUAACGAAGAAUGCGCCGACGCAGGAGCUCACGCGUACUGCGGCUCUGAUAUACAUCACAGCCGCCCUCUGGGAUUUCCAGGGUUCUCCCAACAAAACCGGCCGCUUUCUCGACCAUCUACGCGCGACUGCGAAAGACCGUGAACUCGAUAGGUUUCCCGCAUGCGAGUCCUUCGUGUGGCUCCUCCUUCUCGAAGGAUAUGAAGCCGAUCUACAGGAACCUGAGAGAAGCUGGUCCACGAGCGAGCUGUUGAAAUUGUACAAGCGGCUUCGACCAGAACUUCAGUUCCUUUUCACUGAAAUUCUUUUCAGCCUCCUGAUGCUCACUCCACCGAUCCGGGGGAUCGAUGUAUUUGAAAGAGAAUUGUACAGCUCUGUGCCAGAGGUCCAGGAAGAACUCUGAGCUACAUCCAACCCGGGCUACUAUUUUGUUCAUGCACAUUUACUCUUCUGACUUCCUCUCAGGACGCGACAACUUUUCGACGGUUUGCAGGCAGCCGUGCGCCAAUCUCAUCUAAGCAUUUGAUUCUUGGAUUUAAUUUCUUGUAUAUACUACAGCUGACACAGGGGCAGGUGCCAAGCUGUCACUUUCCCUCUGUACGGCUCCCAAAUCCCCUGCAACUAAUAACUAUG